AUGCCGAUGUCAUCACAGGACCGUUUGUAUGACCAGGCAGCCAGAGUCAUCCAAAGGACAUGGAGGAAGCAUGCUGUUAGUGACUUUCACAACAUCAUCAUUUUCAAGUACUUCAAGAAUCUCGUGAGCUUCAGAAAUCAAGGUGCUCCACGUCUCCUGCUCAAAUAUGUCAACCCCAGAGAGGCCGAUAUUUUGGAUGCCGCUUCCGGAGUCUACAUGCGAUUCAGACUGGGCGGAACCAGCUUUCCCCCAAACAUCUACUACAAAAUCUUCACACACAGGCCAGUAGUAGACCUGUGUGCCAGCAGCCCCAAAGACUACACACAUGCCGGGCAGAAGAGAGCUGUCGCACAGCAGGUCCAUAACGGCCUUCCGCUAGUUCAGGAUGACCGUUCUGGUUGGUACCGUCGGGUGGAGAACAACGGCUGGAGGCUGCUGUCUGGCAAGAUUUGCCAUCAUGGAGACCCCGUCACUCAAGACACGAGUUCUAAAAGGACCGAGUUCCACCACUGCAAACUCAUUCGACGGCAAGACGCCGAAAGAAAGAAGAAGAUCCGAAAAAUUGAGUGGAUGAAAAAAAUGUAUGAAGAAAGGGCUCUACAUGCUCACACUGAGCACAGAGACACUGCAGCGCUGGUGGAGAAUUCAGCUGAGGGUAUGAUGUGGGCAAUCGAACAGCUCGGACCUGGCACCAUCGUAGACUGGGAGGUAGAUGAGCUGAUCGAGUGGACCAAUGCCCUCAACUUUGAUGAGUAAUUCACCUAUG